AUGGAUGGGCGGUAUGGAAGAUCUAAUGUGAGGAACAUGAGUGGAGCCACGGAGGUGAAGCCAGACGUGCACACGCGGCUCAUGCAGCGCUACCCCAAGGUGCCCUGGUGGUGGUUCCUCAUCCUCCUCCUCGUCAACAUCGCUGUCUGCAUCGCUUUCCUCGAACUCAACACCUACUUCCAGCUGCCCUGGUGGGGCCUGCUGCUCUCUGCUGCCCUCUCCCUCUUCUUCACACUGCCCAUCGGCAUAGUCACCCGCCACCACCAAUCAGCAGCCGGGGCUCAAUAUAAUAACGGAGAUGAUCUGGGGAUCCCCCCAAGAGCUAUGUUUGUGGUGCAGGUAUUCGCCACUCUAUUAGCGGGCCUGGUCAAUCUCGGCACGUCCUGGUGGCUCUAUGACACUGUGGAGAAUGGGCUCAUCUGCAAGUUGCUGCUGCGGCUGCUAUGGCGGGAAGUGAGCGGUGGGGAUGAGGAGGGUGUAGUGGCGGCGGAAUUUGCAGGCGGAGACGGGGCAGUCACGGCGGUAGGAAGCGUGGGCGGGGACAACGUGGUUGCGGCGGUGGAAUGGGCAGGCGGCGACGAGCAGUCGCGACAGCAGGACGGGCAGGUGGCGACGGGUCAGUCGCGGCGGCUGAAAACCGCGGCGGCGACGGCGCACUCGCGGCGGCGGGAAGGGCAGGUGGCGAUGAUGCAGUCGCGGCGGCAGGAAGUGCAGGCGGCGACGUGGCAGUCGCGGCGGUGA